AGCACUAGAAUAACAAUCUGAUAUUGAGCUUGUAUGCAUCAGAGGUUCUGCGCUCAUUAUUUUAUCGGAGUUGGAUGUAUGCGUAAUUUGGAGAGCUCUACGGUUCGAUCCGAUCUCUGGACAUUUUCUUACGACUGUCUUCAAAAGCCCUAAGGCCUAUUGACCAUCAGGGCAGCAAUAGAGAUGAAGAUUGAUUUGACGUGACCAUAUUGAGCAGAGCGGCACUUGCUCUUCGCCUAUGUGUGCGCCAUUGCAACUGCUGCCGCCUCCAAGCUUUGAAUCCAAGUGCAUUUCUGUGGGGAGACUAGAGGAAUGGCUGCGUCACAAAACGGAUCAAACACAACUCGGACCUUUACAAAUCAAUUCGUACAACCGCCCUGGCGCAUCGUGUUAUGGUCGGUCGCGUACAGCCUAGUGCUCGCGGUAGCCGUUUUUGGUAACCUGAUAGUGAUUUGGAUCGUAUUGAGGCACAAGAUUAUGCGGACGGUGACGAACUACUUCUUGCUCAAUUUGGCUUUCUCUGACGCUUCUAUGGCCGCAUUCAACACGUUAAUUAAUUUCAUUUACGCGGCUCACGGCAAUUGGUACUUUGGGGAAUCAUACUGCAAGUUCCACAACUUUUUCCCAGUCACCGCAGUGUUUGCAAGCAUCUAUUCAAUGAGCGCAAUAGCAGUCGACAGGUACAUGGCCAUCAUCCACCCGCUGAAGCCCAGGCUAUCGGCCACUGCCACCAAGGUGGUGAUAGUGUGCAUCUGGGCUCUUGCCGUGGUGCUGGCGUUCCCCCUCUGCUUCUACUCCACCGUACGUACGCUGCCCCGGCGGACAAUCUGCUACGUGGCCUGGCCGCGGCCCUCGGACGACUCCUUCAUGUAUCAUAUCAUAGUGACAGUGCUGGUGUAUGUGCUGCCCCUUGUGGUGAUGGCCAUCACCUACACCGUCGUGGGGGUGACACUAUGGGGAGGAAAGAUCCCAGGGGAAGCGUCAGAUCAUUACCACAGCCAGCUCACAGCCAAGAGGAAGGUGGUGAAGAUGAUGAUCAUCGUGGUGGUGACCUUUGCCCUCUGCUGGCUGCCGUACCACAUCUACUUCAUCGCGACGGGCCUCAACAAGAGUCUGAACCGAUGGAAGUCCAUCCAGCAGGUCUAUCUAUCUGUGCUCUGGCUGGCUAUGAGCUCCACCAUGUACAACCCCAUCAUCUACUGUUGCCUCAAUAGCAGGUUUCGGGCGGGCUUCAAGAGGGCAUUCCGCUGGUGCCCGGGUGUCCGGGUGUCCAGCUAUGACGAGCUGGACUUGCGCUACACUACCCGCCACCGACUCGGCCAUCAGGGAAGCAUGUGCACCCUCUCCCGUGUGAACACCAAGAGCACCAACAUCAACUACUGCAACCACAGUAUCAAGACAGCCCCCCCCAGUGUCCAUGUUAAUGCCGGGGUUCACGAUGAUAAAAGUGGCAACCAAUCGGCUGUAGCCGAGUCCAACCUGUACAGCGAUCCUGACCAUGUGACUGACGAUCAUUGAUCAGAUGACCAUGACCACCUUCUAGAACGAGGGGUUUGGAAAAUCAAACGGGCCUUUACAUUUUGUUCAGUUUGACCAAACGUAAGUAUUUAUAGUGUGUUUGUUGCCAACAAGCUUGUCUUUUAUCGUGUAUUUUUCUGCUGACUUCAUUGAGGGAGGUUUGAAAUGAGACUGAAGGAUAGACAUCUGGUAGGCAGCGACCUACACGGACAGAUUUGCGGGCCGAUAUGUGACAUCUGGACUGAGCUUACCAGUUGUUUAUCAGUGUGUGUCGGCUCAUCUGUUACACACUGGAUAUUGCCACAGACAGUCUUCCCUUGAAAGAUUGCUCAGAGUGGUUGGUGGUUGGGAAAACAUAGACAAAAUAAUCAUGACAAAAUAAGAUUGUUGCAGAUUGUUUUAUCAUUUAUCCUUUUUUGAAUAGUCGGUGGUUCAGCAGAGUGAACACCCAAAUGGAAAUAACUGUCUGUCAGCCUGCAAUUCCCCGAAUGGCUAAAGGAUCUCAGUACAAAUCUAUGUAAUAUAGUAAUUCUGUUAUAAGCUGCAUCAACUGUUGGGAUUGUUCAGUGCCAUUUCCUUAAAACAAAUAUACUUAUGUCAUAUAAGCAGAGAGGUUUGCCUUUGUGAUAGACUGUGGCUUACAGUUACUGUAGUUCAUGUAAUGUUUAGCACUUUAAUGUUCGAGUGAGACACUCAGACCAAUAUGCACUCAUGCAAACAUACACACACACACAUUAACCCAUCAGAGUAUUUAAUGACAACAUACUGUGUAGUACUGUGAAACAUGGACUAAAACUGAACGGCAUUCUGAGGGAUUUGUUUGAUAUAAGCCACCCAUCCAUCUCUUGAUUCCAUUAGGACAUUUAAUCCAAAGCACUGGGCUCUUACACAGGGCCAGUUCUAGGCAUAAGCGUCAGAAGCUUUCGCUUAGGGCUCCCGACAGCUAGGGGACCUCUGAAAGCUAGGGAGCCCCCGACCGAUAGGGGAGAGGGGGCCCCAAAUCUAAUUUUGCUGAGGGCUUCUAAAAGGCUAGAUCCGGCACUGCUCUUACACAAUCAGGACAUUACUCCCUCUCCCUUCCUGAUACUGAAAAUGUCUCAUGACCCCAUCACCCACACACACUCAUGCACAUGCAAGUUCACACGCAAGCUCACACGUGCGUGCGCACACACACUUCCAUGCAUUUGCAACACAAAUCCAGGUCAAAGGAUAUCACGGUUGUUUAUUGUGUAGUAGGAUUAUCACUGUAAUGUGGAUUGGCAAUAAAAAUCCUGUGGGGAUAGUACAACAAAAUACUGCUAGUCAGUGAUCACCAUGUAGUGGGAUGUAUUAAUGUUGACCAAAUACGUUUACAGAGCCUGACAGAGAAGGUACCAAAAGACAUUAUGUAGCAAAUAUAGCUUUUCAUUGUUCUGGCAUUCAUGUUCGAAACCUCCCUUACUUCAUGUAUUCAAUUUUGACUGGAUGUGUAAACAAACAUAUAAAUCUAGUUAGCCUCCCCUCGACUUCUCUUCCUAUGGUGGAAGACUAUGGCCGUGUGUUUACGACAGUGUUUAUAUUAAUUUCAUGAGGCUAACUUGAAGUUGCUGUUCUGACGAAAAGGUUGAGCUACCUAAUUCACGAAUGUACAAAUGUAUGUAAAUAACUGCUUUUACUAAGGUUUUUCAUUUACAGAUUACCAUUUGUUUAUCUAUCCGGCAAUUGUGAGUAUUCUUGAUUGAAUAAAGAUGUUUCUACAACAGGUUCAUCAAAAUAAUUCAGAUUGCUUGUGAGUGGUUGAGGCCUAUGAUGUAAAACAUGAUAAAUAUCUUGCACAAUAGGAUAUUUAUUUACUGUCACUGUCCCAUCAUCUUAACCAGAGCAAUUCAGAAAGUUAAUGUUUACUGCAAAAAGCAUUUUUUUAUAUCAUAUCUUUUAUAAGGUUCUUAAAAUCACCAAUUUACAAAUACCAAUUUAACAGUCCCUUGCCCUAAUAAUAUAAUCACCAGUGUUGAAUUGCUAGUUAGCAGCAAGAUAAGUCAUCUCUGCGAUUUUUGAAUAAAACAGCUAAGCCUGUGUGAAGUGCUUGUUUGUCCAAUGACGAUAGCUAGCUAAUGUCAGUAGGUAGAACUAGCACUGGGAGGGGAUAUAAAUAUGAACCCACUGGUUAGCCUAGCAACGACUAUACACUGGAAACAACAACUAAUCCAUUGAUACACUGACCAGCCCUGGUUGUAAUACAAGAAUCAUGAGAGUUGUACUGUUGUUUUCAAUAAAAACUUAUAUAUGUAAUAUCUACAUACAUUUACUUCUAAAGCACCUUGGAAUAUAUGUUAUGCAACAAAUGUGCAAUGAAGUUUAUUUUUUUAAAUGAGCUGUAGCAAA